UUCAAUGAAAACUGGACGCUUCAAUUAAUGGCAAAUCAAUGUAGCCGGUGAAAUGCACAUACAUUUUACCUAAAGCUUUCAUGAUAUUACUAAAAGUACUGUGUGAUUGUCAAAAGAGAUUGGUGAUGCAUUAAAUGCUUGCCUUGUGUUCAGCAUGGUGCGUAGUAGCUCUGAACAUUCAAAGACGUGAUAAAGUUCCACCUAAAUCUUUCGUAAGCACCAGACUCUUUAUAUGCCUGUUGGGGGUGAAGCUUUCCAACACAAAGCAGUAAGAGACCUAAGGGCUGAGAAGAGGGGUCGGAGUGACCAAGGAAAAAGUUCCAAAAUGGCCAAAGAGCAGGCCUUUUUGUCUACAGAGAUAGUGAACCAGGGAGUGCAGGAAACAGGGCCAAAUGCAGGGUCCAUGACAUUCUCUGUUAGAGUCAGGAGAAGGCUUCCUGAUUUUCUUCAGUCUGUGAACUUGAAGUAUGUGAAGUUGGGUUAUCAUUAUUUGAUCAGUCAUGCUGUUUAUCUGUUUACAGUGCCUGCUAUCCUUCUGGCCUUUAGUGCAGAGGUCGGUAGCUUGAGACAGCAGGAUCUCUGGAAACUGUGGGAGCAACCCCAGUUUGAUUUGACAACUGCCCUUACUUUCUCUGGGGCUAUUGUUUUUAUGCUCUGUCUCUACUUCUUGUCCAGGCCUCGGUCUAUUUAUCUUGUGGACUUUGCUUGCUUCAAGCCAUCAGAUGAUCUCAAGGUCUCCAAAGAGGAAUUCAUCAAAAUGGCCAAAAGUUCCGGCCAUUUUGACGAUGCAAGCCUGGACUUCCAGAAGAGAAUCCUGGACAGAUCAGGACUGGGGGAAGAGACAUAUUUGCCAAAGGCAGUAAUGGGUUCAGGCAUAUGUUCCACCAUGAAAGAAGGCCGAGCAGAGGCAGAAAUGGUGAUGUUCGGUGCAUUGGAUGAAUUGUUCGAGAAGUGCAGAGUGAGGCCUAAAGACAUAGGCAUCUUGGUUGUCAACUGCAGCCUGUUCAACCCCACUCCAUCUCUUUCUGCCAUGAUUGUUAACCACUACAAGAUGAGAGGCAACAUUUUGAGCUUCAAUCUGGGAGGAAUGGGGUGCAGUGCAGGGAUUAUAUCUCUGGAUCUGGCAAGAGACAUGCUGCAAGCACAUCCCAAUAGUUAUGCAGUUGUGGUGAGCACUGAGAUGAUAACAUUCAACUGGUAUACUGGCUCAGAAAGGUCCAUGCUCAUGCCCAACUGUUUCUUCCGCAUGGGGUGUUCUGCAAUGUUGUUGUCUAACAAGAGGAGAGACAGGAGAAGGGCUAAGUACGAGCUCUCACUAAUAGUUCGCACUCACAAAGGAGCCGAUGAUAGAAGUUUCAGGUGUGUCUACCAGCAAGAAGAUGACAAGCGGAAGAAAGGUUUGUUUGUCUCCAAGGACCUGCUUGAAAUAGGAGGCCAUGCCUUGAAAGCCAAUAUCACAACCUUGGGUCCACUGGUUCUCCCACUCUCUGAGCAACUCCUGUUCUUGGCUACUCUAGUCUGUCGUAAGGUCCUGAAAAUGGAGCAUGUGAAGCCUUAUAUACCAGACUUCAAGCUUGCCUUUGAACAUUUCUGCAUCCAUGCCGGAGGCAAGACCAUUCUGGAUGAGUUGCAGAACAAUCUGGGUCUCUCCAACAAGCACAUGGAAGCAUCCAGAAUGACUCUCCACAGGUUUGGUAACACCUCCAGCAGUUCUCUCUGGUAUGAACUUGCUUACAUGGAAGCCAAGAAAAAGAUCAAGAGUGGUGACAGAAUAUGGCAGAUUGCAUUUGGGUCUGGGUUCAAGUGCAACAGUGCUGUGUGGAAAGCUCUGAGGACUGUCAAAAAGACUGACAGGAAUCCCUGGGUAGACUGUGUUGAAAGGUAUCCUGUGGAGAUCCCUGAUGUGCCAAGGGUUUGAUGGGGAAGAAGGAAUAAUUAUUUUGCUUCAAAGCUACUAGUUUAAUUUGCACAAGGCAAUCAAUUGCUGUUUUGUGAUGAUUACUAUCGGCUUAGACAAACAGCAAUAUUGGAAUUGUGGCUAGAGAAAAUAUAGUAUCUGUCAUUAAAGAUUGACUGCAUUAUUGCUAGCUUAGAAGGAAGUGUGUUAGUAUUUGCUUAAUUAAGCACAACACAUCAUUGUCAUUUAUUUAUGUGUAUGGUUUAUCCAUUUAAUAGAUCAAUUUAUCUGGUGUUUUCAUGAA